UGGACUGCAGGCAUUGGGUAUGAUCGGGGCCGUGUACGAAGUGCCGGAGCUGAUCCUUCUUCAUGGUUCCCAUCCCCACAACCCACAACCUCUCUGCUUUUCCCUACGAUCGUCGCAUGCACGCUCAGUACGCAUGACUGCAUACUUUCUCGGGUUCAUACGAAUUGGUGGUCCUCCAGACUGACCGCACCGAGAUGGGUGUGCCGGAUAAUGGCCCUGUAAUUGCUGGAGUAACAUGGAUGUUGACGGUAUUGAGUGGUGGAUUUCUGGCUUUGAGAUUCUACGCGAAAUUAUCGAGGAAGCAAGGUCUUUGGUGGGAUGAUCACAUCCUGACAGUCUCAUGGAUCCUCCUUCUCGCGCAGGCCAUCAUCACCCAAGCUGGACAACAACUAGGAUUCGGAAAACGACUGGAAGAUGUCGACCCUAAAUACCUCAUGACCAUCGCAGUCGGAAUGUCCGUCGCCGCAUCAAUCUCCUGUUUCGCCUCCACUUUCUCAAAGAUAUCGUUCGGCGUCACUCUCCUCCGCCUCACGUCCGGGUACCUGCGCGGGUUCGUAUGGUUCUGCAUUGUCACCCUCUUCCUCAUAAUGCUGCCAAGUGCACUGGCUACGUGGGUCCAGUGCCAGCCGAUGGCGAAAGCUUGGAACAAAGAUCUGCCUGGGACAUGCUGGGACUCUAGCCACUCAAUCGAUUAUGGCAUUUUCAACGCUGCGUGGUGCGCUGCGGCAGACUUUGCACUAGCGCUGCUUCCAUGGUAUCUGAUAUGGGGUUUACAACUGAAGCUACGUGAGAAGAUCGGAGUGGGCAUCGCCAUGAGCAUGGGCGUAUUAUCCGGCGUGUGCGCCAUCGUAAAAGGUGUCUACGUAAUCCAACUCGGCCAAAAAGACUUCUCCUACAACGGCAAGGAACUCACAAUCUGGACCGGCGUCGAAACAGCAACCGCCAUCAUCGCCGCUUCCAUUCCCGUCCUCCGCGUCUUCUUCAAGGAAACCAUAUCUUCCUACUCGCGCUCACACACCAAGACGAAUCAAAGCGUCCCGCUGUCCCGAUUGAAUCAAAGCCAACACUCUACCACGACAACUACCGUACAUGCGAUGGGCAAAGGCAAAGAGGGGCGCUGGACGGUGAUUGAGGAUAAUGGGGAUGACUGGAGUCAGAGGGGUAUAUUGGAGGAUGAAGAGAUAGGACGGAGUCGACGGAAUACGGUGUAUGAGGAUGAUCAAAUCAUGACGACGAAUACUGUUACGGUCACGAUUGAGAGUGAUGCGCGGUCGAUGUCUGAUCAGAAGGCAAGGUCUUUUCUGGGAAUAGCCCAUUGAUAUAUCUUUUAAUGAACUUUAUGGCAACCACAUCUCAAAAUCACUCUAAAGACCUAGGAAGCACGUUAGCACUGGGCUGCAGAGGCGUGGGCAGGGAGAUGGAUG